AUGGAUUGGCUUUUAAAGAAAACUGCGGACUUUGCGCUAGAGAAUGCAAUGACAUCUGAUGGAAAUAAAAAUCCAUCGUUUCCCGGACAACGUCAUUUGGCGGAAUAUGAGUACCCGGAAAUGCUGCAUACUACAACCAGGAGUUUAAAUUUAGAAAAUAGUUCUCAGAACUGUAGUUUAGCAAAAUCAUACGAAUGUCCAGUGCAGUGUAAACUUGGGCACGCAACAAAUAUGAAAGUUAGAAAACAUUAUGUAUCGGAGAAGACAAAUCAUGCCCGACCCGAUUGCAAUUUAGAUGAAGUGGUGAAGAGUUGUGGACAUUUUAAGGAACUAUAUGGAUAUAAUGAAGUCCCUGUUACACAUGAAGAAAGAAACUUUCCUCUCGCAUUUAGUAUUAAGAUGCACAGCCAUCCCGAACAAGCAGAAACAAUUCUAAGAACAAUAUAUAGAAGUCAUAAUAUGUAUUGUAUACAUGUUGAUCUACAGGCUGAUGGAAACACUUUUGAAGUGAUGAACAAUAUCGGUAAAUGCUUUAACAAUAUAAUUAUUAUUCAAGAAAGAGAACGCAUGAUUCAUUCAAGUUAUGCGCACGUUAUGUCGGACAUUAAAUGCAUGCGCGCUCUCUCUAACUCCAGUAUACCCUGGAAGUAUUAUAUAAAUUUGUCCGGUGAGGAAUUUCCGCUGAAAACUAACUUGGAAAUGGUUGCAAUUUUACAAUUCUUUCAAGGUAUGAACGAUGUUGAAACUUAUGACCAUCCAGUGGGUGAGAACUGGAAAAUAGAAAACAAAUUCGCGAGAUAUGGAAAUAGCUUGGCACAAGAUACACCAAAACCUGAAUUUAAAUAUAAAAUGAAGUUCAGCAAAGGUAAUCCUUUUGGUUUGUUCUCUAGGGCGUUUAUAGACUUUGUAUUUAAAGACGACGUAGCCCAGGAUAUUUUGAACUGGUUCAAUGAUACUUAUGCCCCAGACGAAAAUAUUUGGGCGACAAUAGUUACACUCCCGUGGGCACCAGGCGGUUACCCAGUAGAAGUACGUCAGAUGAUAUCUACUUAUGUAUCACGAGCGAUGAUAUUUACUGGGGACACUCCGCGAUGCCAUGGAAGAUUUCUCCGCGGUUACUGUCAGUUCGGUUGUGGUGAUAUCCCUUGGUUACAAAGCCGCCCAGAAUUCUUUGCGAGUAAACUAGAUUUAGGGAACAACAGAAAUGUUUUGAACUGCCUGUUUGACUGGUACAGAAUAAAAACAUUAAACCCAGAACUUGUAAACAUUAACUGGGCAUUCUAUAAUCGACUCCCACACAUGAAAUACCACCGGAAGCAUCAGCUUUUAUUAAAAUCAAGUUCAAGGGUGGCAGAGAUAAAGAAAGAAUGGCUGAUGAAAAGUACGAAGCAGCUAUGA